AUGUCUCCCCAUCACUUCCACUGCAGUAGAACUAAGUCAAGCACAAUGCCAUCUUCGCUGCUCUGGACGCUGGGUGCGGCCGCUGCAAUUUGUUGUCCUUCCUACUGUCGUGCGCACCGCGAUCGGGCCUGUGCAGAAAUCGCAGGGCAGUAUCGAGCUUGGCACCACCUGCAGGAUGGGAGUUUGGAGAGGCAAAUGCGUUGGCGCAUACCGGGCCAGUUGGCUUUCGAUUGCUUGCGUGCCAUGCCCUUUAACGCCACUCUGGCCACAGCAUUCAUCAACGCUUACCGCCCCUAUCUGCUGUUUCACUCGACACUCGACGUCCUGCCCCAAGCCCCUCCGGAGUACUUGUCUCCGUCGGUAGACUUGCUCGCCGGUCUCGCCAAGAUUCGGAGCCGCGCAGCACGUGGCGACUAUGAGAGCCACUUUGACUUCGACUCGGACUUGAAUCGCUUGCUCUCUCUUGCCCACGACGGUCAUCUGCAGAUCGAGUUGUGCUCACAGCAUCUGUUCCUCUUCACGCGCGACCUGCCUUUGGUGUCCAUUUCCGACGAUGGGCUGAAACUGCCCUCCAUCUACACGUUCGACGAUGCACAGCGACGCGGAGCACAUCAUCUGGAUCAUGUCUCGCCCGUCGUGGAGAUCAAUGGCAUGGAUGCCGCUUACUAUUUAGAGUCACACGUGGCCAUGUGGCUGAACUCUCACGAUCCUGAUGCUCGCUACAAUCAUCUUUUCCCCUCAGCAGCCGCGCAUCUGUCAGGAGCUUAUGCAGGCGGGGCCUGGACACGCUAUAAGGGCAAGUGGCCCGGCACAGCCAGCUCUCGCCUCAAAUUUGCAAACGGAUCCUAUACGACUGUCGAUACUCAUGCCUCGUGGCCUGCUGAGAACGGCCCCAUGCUCUACGAGAAUGGCCCGGAUUUGUUCACGGCAGCCUGUCUGCCGACUUCUGUACCCCCUACUGAUUUAAAAAGAAUUCCCACCGGAACCGGGUACGACACCGCGAGUCCACCCCACUUGUAUCCCGAGCCCGACGUAGAGCAUAGUGAUACCCCAGUCAAGGUGUAUUACUUGGCCAGUGCCCGACUUUCGGACGUUGCUGUGCUUCAAGUGCCUUCCUUCAAGGCGAGACACGGUGGUAGCAAUUACACCACCGCAACAGAGCAUAUUCUGCAACAUGCGGUGACGGAAGGGAAGACGAAGUUGAUUAUCGACCUCUCUGAUAAUGGCGGUGGGGAUGUCGAACUAGGACUAAACCUAUUCCGUCUACUCUUCCCUGGCCGCGAUGUGUACUCCGCAACACGCUUUCGCGCCCACGACUUGGUGGACGUUAUGGGUCAGAUCUUUUCCAAGCACUACUCCGCCCCGGGGCAAGCUCCUGUGGAUCUGACUAUCCUUCCGCACGACGCCGUAAAUCCAGCUCAAGAGCAUGUUUUCCAUUCGUGGGCCACGCUCUAUGGUCCUGACGAGUAUCGAGGCACAAACAUGUCGCGCUUGUAUGCUCUUUUCCACUCGAGCGCCACAUCUACUUGUCAAACACCAGCCAGCAGAGAAGAUUGCUCAAUUGCCAAGAGUCAUCCACCUUUCCGCCCCCAAGACAUAAUCAUGGUUAGUCAAUGA